CUCUCCCAGAUGUGCCUAAGAGCUUAAAAACUUUACUGUUGUCAUCUGGCACUGGGAGAAGAACUCCAUGCAGCAGAAAAUGGAGUUUGCUCGUGUUCCAUCUACUUGUUCUUCUUUAGCAUUUGGACUGCUCCUUUUGGUCUCCUUGGGAUGCUGCGAAGAGGCGGUGGAGAGCACACUUCAGCCUGGUGCAGGGAUGUGUGAACCCAUCCACCUCUCGUUCUGCCAAGGGUUACCCUACAACCACACGGUGAUGCCUAACGUGCUUGGCCACGUGGACCAGGAGGCCGCCGGCACGGAGGUCGAUGUGUUCUCUCCCUUGGUCCUGUUGGGGUGCUCCCCCGAGCUGCAGCCGUUCCUCUGCUCCGUGUACGCCCCGGAGUGUGUGAACGGGAGCGCCAAGCCCGUGUGCAGGGCGACCUGCGAGUCGGCCAGGCUCGGCUGCGGGAGGCUCAUGGGUAAACUGGAGCUGUCCUGGCCGAAAGAGCUGGACUGCGCCUCCUUCAGCUAUGAGGCCUGUGAAUACGGCUUAACCGCCUCUGAUAUCCAAAGGAAACUGGUUGAGCUGGGCCACACUGUUGGAGACCAAGUUCUGAGUCUACAAACCGCUCGGAUCUUGAUGUCCCUUAAGGAUGAAGAGAAGUCCGGAAAACUCAACACUAACGAUUUUCAGGAGCUGCAGAGUUACGUGUCCGGAGUGAAAACGGAGUUCCUGGAUUACGGAAAAGCCGGCGGCGGCGUGGUCAGUGAGCACCAGAUGAAGGCUGUUCUUCGAGCUCGAGAUCUGAGGCUGAACGAACUGAAUUUCAGGCUGCUGUGGGACAGGUAUAGCGCUGCCGCACACGUCAGCUAUGACGACUUUGUGGCCAUCGUCGCCAGGCUGGAGAGCUUAAAAGAGCGUUUUAGGGCUCACCGAAUGACAAACUUGCCGUGCGGCUGUAUGAUGGCCAGCUUUUCACUUGACGAUUUCAUAAGAGACACUCUGCUGUAACGCAGCAGCACUGCCCUCCGGACAUCAGCAGUAUCACGGCGAACCGUACCAGGGCUACCGGAGUCAUGAACCGAGCUAUGAACCGAGUCAUGAAUCAGUUUCCUCCAGCUCUGCAGUUUCAGCCUUGCUAUUCAGCUUCGAGUUAUUUUCGAUUUUGCUUUUAAGAUUGGAAACUUGACUUUUGCAGUUACACUUUUGUUGCACGACCAUAUUGUUUGUCUUACAAUAUACAUUUUUCUCUUUUUCAUGCACAUCCUAUACAUGCGUGAAUAACACGGACUUCCGAGUUACUGGUUGUCCAAAUGACGUCACGUAGAGAAAUGGGCAAGAAUGCAAAACGGAAAGUUUGGCUUUACGCAGACACUUUCCUCUGUCCACCAGAAGAUGGCGCUGAAAGCUUUUUUUAAAACUCGGAUAAGCCGUAAAUUAAGCAACUGCGCCACCUACUGUCAUGUUCCGACAAGGCUUCACGUGUGCAGCUCUGGUGUCCAAAACAACGUGUAUGAAAUAGCAUAUAUGAAAUAUUAGACUAGGAUUAAUCAUAACCAAUUGCUGGGUGUCUUUAUGGAUAUGAUUCUUAAUAAAACUGCAUUUAAAAACACUGA